ACGCUACGGCCAGGCACAUUCACACAAAACGAAUACAAAAUCUAGUGUGAAUACAUACAAGCAAUAAUUUUUUCUGUGAAUUUUCUAAACAUUGAGACAAAAUGAAUUUACACCGAGAAAGGUUUUGAAAGAUAAAUCAACCGUAUGCUUUAAUGUAAAUUAACACGAUAGAAAAGUUUUUAAAGAAAAUGUAUAUAUAACCUAAUAUUUAGUGUAAACUUAUCAUAGUGGAAAAUUCACACGAAGGUGGUAGGCUGCCCCUAAGGUCUAAUGUGACUUUUCUUACAAUCUAAUGUGAAUUAACACGAUAAAAAAUUUUUUAAAAAAAUGUAAAUGCAACCGAAUAUUUAGCGUAAAUUUAUCAUAGCGGAAAAUUCACACGAAGGUGGUAGGCUGCUCCUAAGAUCUAAUGUGAAUUUUUUUAACAGUGUAAAGACUUACUACAAUAUGAACUGUCAGUUUUAAGAGCGUCAAUUAAUGGUCUAAAAACACCGUCACUGGAGUCCAAAUGGACCAAAUGGAGUCUAUAUGCAAAUGAUCAUAUUUCAUCUAGUCCGUCACAUCGUCGACAAGUCAAUGAUGGUAAUCAUAGAUCCUUACAAAAUUCUGACUUAAAUAAUGAAAAUGAUUUUUCAAAUAUUGAACAACGAGAAAAAAAUUCAGCGGAUAUUAUUUCUAUGGAAGAAUUGGUACCAAAUACUGGGGAAAUAUCAAGAAAUGAUCCACCAAUCUUAAGUGAUAUAUCUGCUCGUAGACGUGGACAUCGUGCUGAAGACAAAGCACUAUCAAAAAAAGUUAGGAGUUUUUAUAAAAAGCAAGAUAAUGUAAUAUCAUCAUUUGAACAAGCCGAACAUUUUAGUGACAAAAAUAAUGAUGAUGAAAAUGGAAAAGAAAAAUCUAGAAAUACAUUAAAACAUAAUAGAAAAUAUGUUAGUUAUCUAACGAAAUUAUCACUGGCUGUUAAUAUUUCUUUACUAAUGGCAAAACUCACUGCUGCUAUUAUGUCAAAGUCAUUAUCUGUUAUUUCAAGUGUAGUAGAUUCGGUAGUAGAUUUAGCAUCUUCAGUUAUUUUAUUUUGGGCAACACGAGCUAUCAAAAGACGUGAUCCAUUUCAAUAUCCACAAGGACGGACAAGAUUAGAACCAAUAGCAAUCGUCAUAUUAUCUAUUAUUAUGUGUUUGACUUCCGUACAAGUGAUACGAGAAUCAGCAGGAACUAUGGUAACUGAUAUUUCAAGUCUUAAAAAAAAUUCAACAUCCAAUACAGGACUCCACGAAAUAUUAAUGACCCCAAUUCCGAUUGCAAUAAUGUGUGCAACAAUUUUGUCAAAACUCAUAUUAUUUAUCUUAUGCAGGCGUGUAGCGAAUCCAACGUUAAAUGCUUUAGGACAAGAUCAUCGGAACGAUGUAUUUUCAAAUAUAAUUGCACUAGUAUGCGGUCUAGUGGGUUCUCAUGCAUAUAAGACGGUAUCUAUUCAUGCACUUAUUUUAACCGAUCCUAUUGGCGCAAUUAUCAUAUCUCUUUUCAUUUUGGUUAGCUGGUGGCGACAAGCGAAGCAACAAGUACAACGGCUAAGUGGUCAUACAGCUAAACCGGAAUUUCUUCAACAAAUAACGUGGAUUGCAUUUAAUCAUUCACCUUUAAUAACAAAAAUUGAUACUGUACGAGCAUUUUAUUUUGGAACUUAUUUUCUUGUUGAGGUCGACAUUGUUUUACCAGAAACAAUGUCCUUGAAAGAAGCGCAUGAUAUUGGCGAAGAUUUACAAAAGAAAAUUGAGAGCGUUCCGGAAGUUGAACGAGCAUUUGUUCAUUUGGACUAUGAAUUUAAUCACAAAGCAUCAGAUGAACAUAAGAUUGUUUGA